CUUUCUGUUUACGUCCGCUGUGGCGGAUGCUGAGUGACCGGGAGCCGAGGGCUGGAGUGCGGCCCGAGGAGCAAAACCAGGAAUGGAGGCCGGACUCAGUGCGGGAGAGGGAGCGGACGGAGCAGCCGCGAACAUCUGCUGCUUGAGCUACAACCAGGACUGCACGUCCCUGGCUGUCGGCAUGAAGUCCGGAUACAAGCUCUUCUCUCUGUGCUCCGUGGACAAGCUGGACAUGGUCCACGAGAGCUAUGAGAUCUCGGACGUGUACAUCGUGGAGCGUUUGUUCUCCAGCAGCCUGGUCGUGGUCGUGAGUCGCAGCAAACCGCGCCAGAUGAACGUCUUCCACUUCAAGAAAGGCACCGAAAUCUGCAACUACAACUACUCCGCGAACAUCCUCUCCAUCCGGCUCAACCGACAGAGGCUGGUGGUCUGUCUGGAAGAGUCCAUUUACAUCCAUAACAUCAAAGACAUGAAACUCCUGAAGACGUUGCUGGACACCCCGCGGAAUUCGUCGGGUCUAUGUGCCCUCUCCAUUAACCAUUCCAACUCCUACCUUGCGUUUCCCGGCAGCUCCUCGGCGGGUGAGGUCUUACUGUACGAUGCCAACAGCUUGAAAACCGAAUGCACGAUCCCGGCCCACGACAGUCCGCUGGCUGCCAUCGCGUUUAACUCUACAGGAACAAAACUGGCCAGCGCUUCCGAGAAGGGCACCGUGAUCCGGGUCUUUUCCAUUCCAGAGGGGCAGAAACUGUAUGAGUUCAGAAGAGGAAUGAAGAGGUACGUGAGCAUCGGCUCGUUGCUGUUCAGCACGGACUCCCAGUUCCUCUGCGCCUCCAGUAACACCGAGACCGUCCACAUCUUCAAACUGGAACAGUUUCCGGAAAGGUCGGAAGAUAACUCGUCGUGGACGGGGUACGUCGGGAAAAUGUUCAUGGCGGCUUCCAACUACCUCCCGGCCAAAGUAUCGGACAUGAUGAACCAGGACCGGGCCUUCGCUACGGUGCGCCUGCCGUUCUGCGGACAGAGGAACGCGUGUGCGCUGGUCACGAUACAAAAGCUGCCGCGGCUCCUUGUGGCGUCCGCCGGCGGCCAUCUCUACAUCUACAACUUGGAUCCGCAGGACGGAGGAGAGUGCGUUUUAAUCAAGGAUCGUAGUCUAAUUGACUCCGGGAAGUCGGAGACGGACAGAGGGCGUGAAGCGGAGGUUCCUGCACCCGUGUCCUACGCUGCCUCCCUGGCCCGGCCGAGCACCGCUUCCUCCCCAUCUACGGUUGCCGGUUACUCGGAGGACGGCGGCACGCUGCGCGGGGAACUUAUUCCGGAACACGAGUUCGCGGACGGCCCCGUGCGCCUGGACGACGAGAGAGAAUUCCCCCCUAUAAGUUUGUGCCGCGGAAGUCAGAAGGUCCGAGACGACGGGCCGUGACGUGGAGCCGGGGGCCGACGCUGCAAGAUUGGGGACAUGCGGAGGAUCGUCGCGCAGGCAGCCGCUAGAGCAAUCGAUUUAGGGCGAGGAGGGGGGGGCGUAUAUUAUGGCGUCAAAGAAAGCGCAUUGUGAUAUUUAUCCUUUUCUAGAAAUGGUUUUCUUUAAUUUAUGCUGUUUUUCUGUAUAAAUGUACAUCUAGGAGAGCCAGAAUAUAUCUAAAUGUAUGAAUUUUAGUUAUAAAUACCAGUAUUUUAUCCCCACAAAAAGCAUUUUACAUGGAAUGCAAAAAAAAAGAAAUACAUUGUGGAUAAAUAAAAGGUUUGCAUCAAACGCCGCGCGCCGUCACACGUAGUUAUUGCCGAUGGCUGCAGUUUUGUCGUAAGAA